UUUGACGUUAAGUGAAGUGAAAUAAAUGUGACUCGUUGUUAUUCUAUUGUAAAAUAUUUGUAAAUUAUCUUUUGAAUAAGGAACGAAUUAAGUGAAAUCAUUAUUGUCCCUGUGUAUGUAUUAAAUGUUCUAAAACAAUGCCGUUAAAUGUGCAAGACGUCGCUAAACGGUUUCCAAUUCAUUGGCUGGUUUGGAAUAACGAGCAUGAAGAACUGAAAAGCUCCUUGGAAGCUAAUAAGUUCACAAAAGAAGACAUUGAGUUGCGGGACCCGCGCGGACGCACACCAUUAUUGUUGGCGGUAACACUCGGACACAUUGAGGCUGUGGAGGCGCUAAUCAACGCCGGCGCUGACGUCAACUGCGAGAAAGACGGCUGGACUGCGGUACAGGAGGCAACAGCGCGAGGUGAUGCCGCUCUGCUAUCUUUGGUGCUAUCGCGUCGUGACCGUCAGAGGCAGGCGGCGCGUGCGGCCGGCGUGCCCGACCUGCUACGCCGGCUCAGUCUCGCGCCUGACUUCUAUGUUGAGAUGAAAUGGGAAUUCACCAGCUGGGUGCCUCUAGUGUCCCGCUACUGUCCCUUCGACACGUACAAAGUGUACAAGCGCGGUGGCAACGUGCGCGUCGACACCACACUUGCUGGCUUCGAUGACACCAACUGGCAGCGCGGAGAGCGGUCUUAUAUAUUCCGAGGACAGGGUAAUUGUGCGAGCCUGGUUGAGUUAGACCACACUUUGGGCACGUCGUGGUGCGAGCAGCUGGACGCGCGCGAGCCGGCCGCGCACCACGCGCCGCCGCGCCGCGCCCUGCUGCAGCGCCUCGCCGCACCACUCGCGCUCAACUACCUCGACACUGACAAGAUCAGCUUCGAGAGGAACAAAAGCGGCAUCUGGGGUUGGAGACAGGACAAGACGGAGACGGUGAAUGGUUACGAGUGCAAAGUGUUCAGCGCGAACAAUGUGGAGCUGGUGUCGAAGACACGCAGCGAGCACGUGCCGCGCGGAGAACGUGCCCGCGCCACCCCCCGCGCACCCCUCGCUGGCCUGCUCGCGCUCGCUGACAGAGAGGGGGCCUCGCCACUCCUCACACCAGAACAGGAGGAGGUAGAAGAGGAGCCUCACACGAGUAGAUCAUCAGAAGAUAAGCCGGUGACAUGGAGUGAGUACUUCAGUGAUGUGCCGCUGGAGAGAGACAUCGGCCGGCCAAAGGAGAUGACCACUAAGGUGCAGAAGUUCAAGGCGACGCUUUGGCUCUGUGAGGACUACCCACUUGAAUUACAAGAACAAAUAAUGCCGAUCCUUGAUCUCAUGACGGCGAUAUCAUCUCCGCAUUUCGCCAAACUAAAAGAUUUUAUACAAAUGCAAUUGCCGGCCGGAUUCCCUGUUAAAAUAGAGAUCCCACUUUUCCAUGUGGUGAAUACACGGAUAACAUUCGGCAAUAUUUUCGCGACAGAGUCCCCUGUACCGAACAUAGAAUGUAUACAGGAAGGGGAGAGAUUGUCGUGUAUAGUGGACGACGCAUGCUUUGAGAUAGGGCGCGGGUACAGGGACGCGGCGGUGUCUGAUGACAGGAUGUCCAGCGGCACUGACGAUGAUGAAGGUCUGCUCCAAUAUGCGAUACAGCAAAGUCUCAUGGAAGCUGGCACACAUGAUGAUCAGGUGGAUGUGUGGGAGGCGCUGCGAGGUGCGCGCCCCUCCUCCCCCGCGCCGCCCCGCGCACUCCUCGCUGCUGAGGAGAGACAACUGCAAAGAGCGAUAGAGGCGUCCCUGUCGCUGCUGACACCGGAGGAGCGCGCGGAGGCGGACGCGAUGAUGGCGGCGGCGCUGGAGGUGGAGGUGGAGGAGGGCGCGGAGGGGGAGGCGGAGGCGGAGCUGCGCGCGGCGCUGGAGCUGUCAGCGCGCGAGCACGCCGAGCUGGACCGCCGGCGGCAGGACGAGGAGCGCGCGCUCGAUGAAGUGCUGCGUCUCUCUCUAAUUGAUAAGUAAAGAGAGAGAUAUUACACAGGAAUCAUCACAAAGUAAACGCGUCCACACGUUUGACUUCGCCUUACCGCCGCGCUGCAAUGUUGCGGACAGAUUUAGUUCUUAUUUACAAAACAAUUAGAUUCAUUUCACCUUGUCAGCGACAAGGCGCGGCAAGUUCGAACAUUACUAUAGUGAAUUUUAUAUAAUUAAAAGCCUUUUUGGACCCUUAAACAUAUAACAUAUUGGUAAGUGUCACAUAAUGACACGAUGCAACACUCGGGGCAAUUUUUUAAGAAAUGUUUUAAGAAGAUUUUGGGGGUUUUUUUCCCGUAUGUAUGGAAUUCUCAAACCCUGUAAUUCUUACGAAAGAUUCUAUCACGUUUUUUAGAAAUAGUCAGAAUAAGAUUAUUUAAAAAUUAUGUAUUUUUCACCAAUUUUGUUUUUAUUUUACACCAACACUAAGACUUCAACGCCUCGAUCUCGAAAACCUUACGUAAUCAAUGAAUGGCCUUUAGAAAUUUACAUUAAGAUUCGUUUAGAUAAAAUCCGGAAUCGUACGAACUCGGCAGUCGCGUCAGAGCGAGACAAACGUAUAUAUAUCUCAUACAUUUAUAGGUCAGAGCGAGACAGACAUAUGUAUUUCUCAUACUUAUAUCUCGCUCUAACGUAUUACACAUACGUUUGUCUCGCUCUGACGCAACUGCCGAGUUCGUACGAUUCCGGAUUUCGUGUAAAUGAACCUUUAGAGUAACCGAUCUACAUAAAUAAUUAAAAUAUUGUGAUAUAUUUACUUUAGCAGUAUUGAAGGAAUUUAUCUAUAUGUAGGGUUCAAAUAAGGCUUAUGUGAAUUAUUACUUAUAUAUAGGUAAUGAAAUGUAUAUCAAAUGUUAUUUUCAUUUAUAGCAUUUUAGUGAUAAUUUAAGUCGGGUUUUAAUAUGUUUGAGGUUAUGUCAAUUUUAAUGGAAAGUUGUUUGGAUUUACAUUGAAUUAAUCUAAUCGUAGAAAUCAUGGAAUAUAUAUGUAUAAUUCUUUCUAAAAUAAAAUAUCUGUAUUUACGACACAUUUUAAAUUAUAUAUUUUCACGCUAUUAAACUUAGGAGGUGAGUAAAUUAAA